AUGGACAGCUUGAAGGAAGGAAGCGACAACUCUCCUGUUACGGCGGGCACGAGCACAAUAACGGCCCCAUCUAGUUCAUCUUCAUCAGUUAGGACAAUUAUUGAACGCAAUCUUUUCAAUAGCGAGAAUGAGAAAGUCGUUCUGAAGGAUUUCUUCAUAGAGCACUCUUUUGACGACGGGGGUCGGCAUGUCCCUGAAACACUCUCGCUCUCCGUCUUUGGGCUUGAAGACGAUGAGGAUGAGGACGCUGCACGGACGGAGAAGAUCUCUGCUGCUCUGUGGAAGUACGAUCGUGUCAUCCAACUGCACCCAGAUAUUGGCGAUCUUACGUUUGUUGCUCAGUCAGAAGAAGUUGGCGAUCUGGGCUUUUUAUUUCUUACUAGAGACGAUAUGUUGGCAUUUCUGACCGUAGGAUAUGACCUCAAGCUGGAUCGCAGUUUCGCAAUGGAGGAUGGUGUUCAUGGGACCCUGAAAAUGUCUUUCAGCAUAGCGACCGUCUCGGAUUUCCUGUCAAGCUUCACAACCCAAGAGCUGUCGGAAAUGCAAACGAACUCUUUCAGUUUUUCUGAGCAACCCGCAUCAUUGAAUGCCUUGGGCAAUCGCUUAAUGCAACAAUUUGCAACGAGCAACAACAUUCAUGACAUCGGCCAAGCUUUCUCUGCUUACCACAGGGCCGUGCAGCUGACAGAGCCUGACAAUACACGCUACGCUGAGUAUGUUUGCGAUGCUGCAUCUGCGUUGUUCAGGCGGUUCGGGUUGACGGCGAAUCAAUCCGACAUUGACCAAGCUAUUUCGAUGAUGGACGUUGGAGUUGCUUGCACCCCCAAGAGUGAUGUUAAUUUCCCUGGAAGGCUCAUUAACUUGGGAAGUUUGUACCGCACUCGCUUUGAACACGAGGGUGACCCCAGAGACAUCGAACGAGGGGUCGAGUAUCAGCGGAAAGGAGUCGAAGCUCAUCCCCAGAACCAUCCUGCAUGGCUUAGUGGACUCGCACAUUCGUAUCGGAUGUCCUUCGAGUGCACCGGCCGCUCGGAAGAUGCUGAAAAGGCAAUCUUAUACCAUCAGAUAGCCCUCCAACGCACUCCGAAGGGGAGUCCGGAUUUCGCGUUACGGCUCAGCGACCUCGGAACAUCCUUUCGGAUUCGUUUUCAACACACUAAAGGCCGUCAAGACAUUGAAAGUGCCAUAUGUAAUCAGCAGAUGGCGAUUCAAUGCGCCGCAGACAGCAAUUUUGUUCAACCUCGACUAUUCAAUAACCUUGGAAAUACGUUUCAGUCCCGCUUUGAAGUCGCCCAAGACAUGUCGGACAUCGAUAGCGCCCUUGCAAAUCACCGCAAAGCAGCCAAAUUACUUCCGGAUGACAACACCGACCUGCCCACUUUUCUCAAUAACCUUGGGACAUCAUUGCUCAUGCGAUUCGAACGUCACGGAGAUAUCGAAGAUGUAGAGAAUUCCAUCUCACAUCUGGAGCGGGCCGUCGAGCGAACUCAGGAACGCCACCCCAGCCGGCCCGGACUACUGACCAACCUGGGAAACUCAUUUUUGUCGCAAUUUCGACACACCGGCAAUCUUCAACACUUGGACAAUGCUAUCGCGCAUCACGACAGGGCGGUGCAACUCGCCCCCUCCAAACACGCCAACUUACCUGGACUGCUCCGUAACCUUGGAAGAUCACUUGCGACUCGUUAUGCAUCCACCGGAGAUCCUAAGGACAUCAGCAAUGCAAUCUCAUAUCAAGAGAGAGCAGUCGCACUCACCCCUGAGGGGCACACAAGCUCACUGAACCAACUAUCUGACCUUGGGAACCGCUAUCUUACACCAACAGCAAGCACACUGCUUGCCAAUCUUGCUUCGUCCUUUUCUGCCCGCUUCUGGCGCACUGAAGAUCUUGACGACAUUAAAAACGCCAUCUUUCAUCAACAACAGGCUGUCAAGCUCACACCCGCUGACCAUGCCAAUUUCCCCAUGCUCCUCAACAACCUUGGGAAUGCCUUCUUGACUCGCUUCAAAUGGAUGGGAGACACCACGGACCUCGAACACGCUAUCUCAAAUCAUCAAAUGGCAGUCCAGCUCAUUCCCAACACUCAUGUCGAACUGCCUGACGCUGACGGUGCGAUCUCAAACCAACGGAUGGCCGUCCAGAUGACUGCCGAAGGGCACGCUGAACGUGCCAUACGACUCUACAACCUCGCGACUUCAUUGCACUCUCGUUUCGAUGUGACAAAGGAUCCAGAGGAUCUGAGAGAAGCAAUUGACAUGGCUUGUAUGGCAGCCAAAGAACGGUCUGGACAUCCGAACAUACGCCUUGCCGCCGCUCGAAGUUGGGCUGAAUUGUGCCAGCAGGCUGACCGUUCGUCAGAGUCGAUGGAAGCUUUUCAAGCCGCUCUUGGCCUCCUGUCCCAGGUAGUUGGUCUAGAACAAACAAUAUCCAGGCGUCACAAGAACCUCGUUGAAGUAUCCGAUUUGACUGCGUCUGCAACUGCUGCUGCCGUCGAAAACAAGGAGGUUGUAACUGCCCUUGGUUGGCUCGAACAAGGUCGAUGCCUCGUCUGGAAUCAGAUCAACCAGCUGCGUACGCCUGUGGACAUCUUGCGUGCUUACGACCCAACCCUCGCCGACCGCGUCCUGCAUGUGGCGCGUGCCCUAGAAGCGUCCGGAUACCGACAUCAACAACAGUAUUUGGAGGCAAUCACACACGAAACGAUCGCAAUCCAAGAUUAA